UCAAGCCAUACCAACACAACCAAUUGAAAUUGCAAAGCAGCAGUACAUUCGUGGAAGGGAGCCUGAAAAGGUGCUGAUUUCACCAAGAAGCAUGUUUGUUUCAUCAGAAGGCUGGACCUUUUUGGCAGCAGAUUUCUCUCAUGUUGAGCUGCGGAUCCUCGCACACUUCACCUCAGAUCCAGAACUCCUCAAACUUUUCCAGGAGCCUGAACCACCAGACGUGUUCUCAACUCUUGCUUGUCAAUGGAAAGGCAUUUCAGUAGAUCAGGUGAAGAGUGCAGAUCGAGAACAAGCCAAGCGAAUUGUCUAUGCUGUGGUUUAUGGUGCAGGUCGGGAACGUUUAUCCGAAUGUCUGGGAAUCUCUGCAGGCCAAGCUAGUCAAUUCAUUGAAAGCUUCCUACAGAAGUACAAGGAAGUCCGCACUUUCACUCAGAGGACCAUACAACAUUGCCAGCAGCAAGGCUACUCUGUUUCAUUAAUGGGACGCAAGAGACCAUUGCCUCACAUCAACUCGCAUGAUUACAGCUCUCGAAAUCAGGCAGAAAGACAGGCCGUAAACUUUGUGGUACAAGGGCUUGUGAAAGACACCAUGGAAUCACUACAGUCUGUAGAGGCUCUCGGAGUGCAAUUGAAGGUCCCUUUAAAAGUGUCCCUCACCCAUGGAAAGUCUUGGAGUUCAAUGAAAGAGUUGCAAGAUGUAGAGGCGCCCAGUCAGUCAGUAACUGGUUCAGAGUCUAUGCUUUAAUAAAUAUCAGUCAUUUUUCUGCUUUCACUGCUCCUUAUGGUGUUAACUUGCCUGCCAUUUGUUUUUGUAGCUUGGGGCAAAAUUAGGAAUGCCAGGCUGUUUUUCUCUCCAGAUGAUGUGGAUUUUGUUCCGUUGUUGUAGGCAGCAGAAAGAUUUCUGAGUAUCUUGUUGAUAGCACUGUGCGUUUCGAAGCAGAUUUGUUUCCACCCAGUUUGUUUGGAAACACUGAAGUUAAUGUUUUUGUUUUUGGGCAAUAGUUACCUUGUCAGCUGUGCCUACUCCUAUUACAUGCAGUGAUUGUGGUCUGGUUUGAAGGGCUGUAUUCCAUGUAAACAGAGUGCUCUAUAAUAUAGCCAGUUACCCUAAACCAUUCUAGAAGAAUUUUAGACUAAAUGUGAGACUAGUAGAAAGUAAGCUUUCCCAAAAUUGGCCUUUGCUGCUCACAGGCAGUAAAUAAAGUCAUGGACGUCACGGUGCAGAAGGGGAUUCAUUGCUAAACUUUCUACUGUCUUAAUGUAGUUUUCAUGCUCCCAACCUCCUGAAAUUGAACAUUAAUAUUUAACUUUAAAGUAGAUACAUUUUCAUCUGGUCAGUGGCCUGGUCUUGCUUUGGUCUUGCACAGCUCUCCUGUUCUAACACCUGAUGGGACUAAUGAAAAAUGAAGCAGUGUGAGUUAACCAAGACCAGGGGCUGUAGUAUAUAAGGGGAAUCCAACAGAAAGGAUGAAGACUGACAGCCAUUUUCACCUCCCUCCUAUUCACGUUGAUUCCACAUGAGCAGUGUUGAUGUCAGAUUAUGGAGUGAAUGGUGUAGAGGUGUUUCAGCAUUGCCCAGCGCCUCCCAGCCCCUUCUCCUCCGCCCAGAGUAAAAUGUCGCUUUAGGGUCCAGCAGCUGUAAUGGGGAAGGGAAGGCUGAGAGUGAAGACAGGACAAUUUCUGCAAUGCUUUAUAAAGCACAGACUGAUUCCAAGGAGCAUCUUGUUAUGUGACACAUCCCCACAGCCAAAAUUCCCAAGAAAACUAAAUGUUGGAGUUCAGCCUUCAGUGUUCGGAUUGACAAGAAAUGUUCCCAAGUUGCUUAACACCUCAGGCAUUGUUGUGUAUUUAGAUAUGUGUUUGCAUUGUAAUAGUUCAGAA